AUGCGCUUGUACCGAUACGAUGUUCAGUACCAGUAUACCAAAGGAAACAGAUUACAGAUCGCUGACAUGCUAAGCAGAGACCCUUUGCCAGAACAGGAAGAUUUUCCUGACACUUCUAUCAACACUGUAGGACUGGCCCUCCCAGAUAUAAUGUUAGAUAAAGUUAAAGAUGCAGUCAAAGUAGACAAUGAGAUGCAGAUGUUGAAACAGUACAUACUGAACGGUUGGCCAGACAAGCAUCAUAUUGUACCAGAACUCAAACAGUAUUGGUCACUUGCAGAUGUACUGACCUAUGAGGAUGGUCUUCUAAUGAAAGGGGAGAGAAUAAUUAUCCCAAGAGCAUUAAGAAAAGAAGUUGAAACCAAACUACAUGCAGCACAUUUAGGGUAUGAUGCCAUGAUGAGAAGAGCAAGGGACGCAGUUUUCUGGCCGGGAAUAGCAGAAAGAAUAAAAGAAAUAGCUAAUGCAUGCCAGCCUUGUCAGCAAAGUAAACCUGCAAACCAGAAAGAAAGCUUAAUACAGCAUAAUGAGGGUUCAAAUCCCUGGGACAAAGUUGGAAUAGAUUUAUAUGGGGUCCCCAAAGUGUGCAUCAGUGAUUUUGGACCUCAGUUUUCAUCUGCUGAAUUCACCGCAUUUAUGAAAGCAUGGGGUGUCCACCACUUAAAAUCUUCACCAGGACACCAUCAGUCAAACGACAAGGCAGAGGCAGCAGUGAAAAUAUUAAAGAAUCUGAUGAAAAAAUCCAAAGAAAGUAAAUCAGAUGCCUAUGAAGCCCUAUUAGAGUUUAGAAAUACACCCAGGCAAGAUACCAACUUAAGUCCGGCUCAGAUGCUCUUUGGAAGGGCAACAAGAAGCUAUUGCCAAGAAGAGAGCAUCCUGCAAGAAUGUCACAACAAGAAGCCACUUUAG